UGGCAGCGGCGUCAGACGGAAGGCAAAAAGUGAGACCCUUCCUAGCUCCGCUGCAAGGCGGGCAGAGGCAACAUGCCCCGUCUCUAAUAAGCUGGAAGGUGAAGAGAGAAAGAGAGGUUAGCCGUGCAUCGGGGGGGUGGGGGAGACCGAAGGCGAUGCCGCGAGGCUCCUCGUCUCAGUUUACCACACAGAGGCCCUUUUUUCGCAUCGGAAUUGUACGCUAUGUUAUAGAAUAAAACCUAAACAUGGCCAAGGUGAUCACAAUGCUUCAAACUCUCAGAAAUCACUGGAAGAAGACUACAGUUGGGAUCUGCCUGGUUACAUGGGGAGGAAACUGGCUUUAUGGAAAACACUGCGAUAACCUGCUAAGGAGAGCUGCAUGCCAAGAAGCCCAGGAAUGGGGCAACCAAGUUAUUCCUUCCAAUAUGCAGAUAAAGAAAGCAACGGUAUUUCUCAACCCUGCAGCUUGCAAAGGCAAAGCCAGAACUCUUUUUGAAAAGAAUGCAGCUCCAAUUCUUCACUUAUCUGGUCUGGAUGUGACUGUGGUGAAGACAGAUCAUGAAGGGCAAGCAAAGAAGUUGUUGGAACUGAUGGAAAACACCAAUAUGAUCAUCAUUGCAGGAGGAGAUGGAACAGUGCAAGAGGUUAUAACUGGGCUUCUCCGAAGAGCAGAUGAGGCAACUUUCAGUAAAAUUCCCAUCGGAUUCAUUCCUCUUGGAAAAACCAGCACUUUAAGUCAUACGCUUUAUGCUAAGAAUGAUAACCAAGUCCAGUGUAUCACUGAUGCCACGUUGUCCAUACUGAGAGGAGAGACAGUUCAACUUGACGUACUGCAGAUUAAGGGGAACAAAGAACAGCCAGUGUUUGCUGUCAGUGGCUUACGGUGGGGCUCUUACAGAGAUGCAGGAGCAAAAGUCAGCAAAUACUGGUUUCUGGGACCUCUGAAAAUCCAGGCAGCCCAUUUUUUUAGCACAUUAAAGGAGUGGCCUCAGAAACAUCUAGCUUCCCUUACCUAUUUGGGCCCCAUUCCGAGGCCACCUGAGGAGCCAGAGCAGAAGACAUCUCGACCUCCUUUGUACAUUAGGCUUUAUAAGAGACUUGCAUAUUAUUGGACACCCUCUCCCAAAGAAAUCCCAAAGGAGGAGACCCCAGAGGCCUGGAAUGAAAUUCCACUGUCUGCCCUUGAAUUCUGCAUCACUACUCAGAACAGGAAUCUCAAUCUUAAACGUGAAGAAGACUUCAUGAAUAUUUGUAUUGAACUAGAUGAAAUCAGUAGGGGAGACUAUGUAAAAAGAGGAAGCCAAAAGAUGAAGGAUCCCCACUUGUGUCCUGAAGGAAGUCAAUGUCUUCAGGCUAGCAAAUGUGUUUUGCAACUUCCAGAGGAUACAGAAGGCUCUUUAGCUAUAGACAAUGAAGAGCAUGAAGCAAUGACAGUGGAGGUGAAGCUGUUGCCCAGGAAACUCCAUUUCUUCUGCGAUGCCGGGAAAAAAGUAGACAUGCUUCAAGGCAUAUCAUAAUCAAAGCAGCUGGUUCAAGGUGUAAUCAAAGGGUUGACUUGGAUGACUGCCCCAAUCCUGUUUAAAGAACUGCAUCUGAAGGCUGCACAUCGUUCCUUCAGUUAUGGUGAAAGCCUUUCAAACUUACGUAAGUCAGAAAUUGAGGAAGAAGAACUAAGAUGGAAAUAUUUCGUUUUUCUUCUUGUCCGGUUCCAGUUAUUUCACAACAAGACGACUUCCCAAAUAUCUCUGUGGCAAGUGUUUUCUAGUUAAAACACUUUGGGCAUAAACUUCCAUUUGUACACCUAGUACAUAUGUACUUCAGAUCAUUGAACAUGCUCCUGCUUUCCCUCAUUUUGCUUCUUUUCCCACUUCAAUACUUGAGGUAUGGGCAGUCCAUCAGUGUUACACUUAUGUUUUAAAAAGUGAUUAAAAAUUAACAGAUGUCUCCGAGAAAAGUAUCUAAAAUGUCAUCACUGAUCAGUGAACCAUUAGA